CAAAACAGCUGUUUUUGUUUACUGCGUGAUGUAUGUACAUACAUAUUUAUGAAAGCAUGUGUUAGUAAUUUCCAAAAUAAUCGAGAGGAGUGCGUUUAAUAAAUUACUGGAAAUGUCCGAUCUUAAGAUACUUUUGGAGUUUAGUGCAGGUGCUGAACUGCUAUUUGGAAACAUUAAGAGCCGGCAAGUAACAUUGGCGGGCAAUGAAAAAUGGACUAUACGCAAACUGCUCAAGUGGAUGCACGCCAACAUUCUGACAGAGCGGCCAGAAUUAUUCAUUCAAGAUGAUUCAGUGCGGCCCGGCAUUUUGGUGCUAGUGAACGACACCGAUUGGGAAUUGCUCGGUGAACUAGAAUAUGAGAUACAACCUAAUGACAACAUUUUAUUCAUUUCCACUCUGCAUGGAGGGUAGAUACUGACUGCCACCUACGUUGCUGUAGUAUUUAUUUUAUUACAAUAUACUUUAAUUUUUUAUUAAAAUUACA